AGAUGUGGGAUUUUCCAUGUAGUCUUCUACUCUGACUUGGGAGUAUAAAAGACAAUCAUCACGCGGAACGCAGGCAGAACAGUCUCCAAGAUAUUAUUCCAGCCACCAUGCAAAUCUUGGUGCCUGCGCUUCUUCUGGUGAUUGCGGCCGUCGCCUAUGGCCGGGUGGUUGAGCCUGUGACUCCACCGAAGGAAGAUGACGCUGAUAGCUACCACUCGGUGGAUGUCGUCGGUAACGCUCUUAGGAACAUCGGCAAGUGGCCGCUGCGAACUGGGCGCUUUUACACUGUGGAGGACGGUGACGGAGACGACGCUGAAGAUUUCAGCCCCAUGGACCUGAAGGAGAUUGGCGCUCUACUUGGGAAACUAGACGUCGCACUCGAAGAGGGCAAAACGCUGGAUGCGGCACUCGACGGCGACGAGGCUCUGGAAUAUGGCAUCGGAAAAUGGGCCAAAAGGAUUCGUAAUUGGGCCAAGCAAAUUCCGCCCGCCAUCGGUGGAUAAAUUGAAAAUCGUAUUAUGCACAUUCCAGGAUACCUAAACUAUCGACUUCUGUCUUGCAGUAAAGAAUGAUCAGGGUGUUUGUAGUCGCGGAAUUUGUAUUUUGUUUAUAUGUAAUUUAGAAGGAUAUAUGCUCUUGCUAAUAAAGUCAUUGGGAGUUUAAACUGCAA